GUUGGAAAGUAACACACAUUAUACCCACCAGCGAAAUGACUGUGUUCCUGUCUCCAGCAGUGCAGAAAUAUCUCACAAUUCACAACAAACAAUACACACAUCUAAAAGUAAAAUAAUGGAAUUAAGAAAUAUAUAAACAUUAGGACGAGCAAUGUCGGAAUGGCAUAGACUAAAAUACAGUAACUUAUACAUAUGAAAUGAGUAACCGGGUGGGAGCCGGCUAGUGCUAGCAAUGUCUCUUCGUAAAAACACGUUGUUUUUUUUUAACAAUUCACACGUUUUAGGUCAUAUGAUACCCAAGUAUAACACAUUUGGUUAAACGGUAUUCUACUAUCUAAUAGUUAUUGUGGCUUUUGCAUGGCUGACUAGCGUCUAGCUUGCUAGCGUUAGCCAAAGUUGAGAUAUGUAGCUAGCUCUGGUCCAUAGCGUUACAUGCGUCUAUUGAACCUUCUUCUCAAAGUCCUGUAUCUCUACAUCCAUCCAUCCAUUGUGGAUUCCCCCCUGAUUUUGUUAUGUGACAGGCUUCCAUUUACUUUCGUUACCCACCAAUGUAAAGAUAUUGCUGGAGUGUUGACUAACCUUUUUGUUUCUGUAUGCGCUAAAUAUCCAUAGCAUAGUUAGCUAGCCAUCUAAAUGUCAAAAUAUGGUUUGUUGUGCUACAUGCUAACUACCUAGCUAAGUUAUUAUGACCUGUAGAAUAGAUGUAGUCUGAUUCAGUGUUAUUUUCAGUGUAGAGAACAUGAACAUAUUCCUGGAAGGUUGCAAUAUUUUUUUUAAUCAGAUUUGGUGUAUUGGUAAGUUAAUUUUAUUUAUUUAACCGGGUAGGCCAGUUGAGAACAAGUUGUCAUUUACAACUGCGACCAGGCCAAGAUAAAGCAGAGCAGUUCGACACAUUCAACAACAGUUACACAUGGAAUAAACAAAACAGACAUUCAAUGAUACAGUUGAAGAAAAUCUAUAUACAAUGUGUGCAAAUGAGAGCUCAUGCCCUCAUUCAUCCGACAUGGACCCACUAUCCCCAGACGCACCGAGGUCCCUCUGCCAGAGCCUGGCCCAGGACCUUCAUCCCAUCCCGUGGGACCUGAGCCUGUGUUGGCCGGCAACAAGAGCUUCCUACGUUCCCCUGUGCGGAGGCCACCCCACGAGGCGGCUCUGCGGGGACGCCAUCGGAUGUCAGCCCCUCCGUACCUACCUGGAAGCCUGGGGGAUAUAACCCAGGAGUACGGAGGCUCCUCACAGUCCUUCCUCACAGACGUGAGCGCCAUGUCUGAGAAUGCGGAUGCUGGGCUCUACUAUCCCCUGACUCCGGAGCCUUACUACGACAGCCAGCAGCAGCAGAGACUCCCUCGGCCACAUCAGCACCUCAGAGCCCCUGAUCACUUACAUGAGGACAAUGGAUACUAUGAACAUCAAAGCCUACCACCACCACAACACACUCCCCCGGCCCCCAACAGACCGGCAGCAGGUAUCGGUCGAAUGCAGGCCAAGUCUCUGGGGAACCUGUCCAGUCUGAGCUGUGAAGACCACUCCCUGCCCUGUGGUUGGACGGUAGACUGGACCAUUAGAGGCAGGAAGUACUACAUCGACCACAACACCAACACCACCCACUGGUCCCACCCCCUGGAGAGGGAGGGUCUGCCCCCUGGCUGGGAGAAGGUGGAGUCGGCUGAGUUUGGACCCUACUACGUAGACCACCUCAACAAGGGGGCUCAGUAUAGACACCCCUGUGCUCCUAGCGUGCUCCAAUAUGACCAGCCCCCUCCUGUUGUAUACCAGCCUCGCCCAGCAGAGCGGGACCAUCCAGUGCUGGUACCAGCCAACCCAUACCACACGGCAGAGAUCCCUGACUGGCUACAGGUGUAUGCCCGCGCCCUGCUCAAGUAUGACCACAUCCUGAAGUGGGAGCUGUUCCAGCUGGUGGAUCUGGACACGUACCAGGGCAUGUUGAAGCUGCUCUUCAUGAAGGAACUGGAGCGCAUCGUCAAGUCCUACGAGGCCUACCGUCAGGCCCUGCUGUCUGAGCUGGACCAAAGGAAACCCAGGCAGCAGUGCUACACCCAGGAGCAGCCAGGCAAGAACUUCACAGGGAACAUGUGAAUUAGGUCACAUUCACUAAGAAGCAAACAAGACAAAAUGGUGGUGUGGGGGGGG